UAUUCACAUUUUUUCCUUGAUGAUGUUGUUAUAAAGUUCCAUAUAUCCUUGUCAAAAAGUCUAAAGUUCUUUUUCUAGGAAUGGGAUUUUUCCAAGGAAGCUGAAAAAAGAUUUGAAGGCGCAACUUGAUCCCGUUGUAGCUUCCCAGUUGGAUAGCAUUGUCGAGGUUCAGCAACUUGGAACUGGCAAUGGCAGCGCAACGCUAAAUAUCCUAGCUGAUGGGAAGCAAUUUGAGAAAGGAGAGGUUAGGCGCAUCAAUUCUCUUUUGGAUCGUGCACACUGGACAUCAGUACAACGUUCAGCUGCAAUCACUGAAAUACUGGUUGCUGCAACUGCUAUGCUUCGUGUCGCAGCAGAUCAUGUAGGUGAACUUUUCCAGGUUAUCUCUCUGAUCGAGUGUUUCAUCGAUGAGCCUGAUUGGUUUAAAUGCGAUUUUUUUAAUAAAUUGAAUGAACAUCGAUUCAAGCCUUCGCUAGGUAACUUUUGGCGCUUUCAGAGCUGA